AGACGGGGUCUGGGGUCGGCGCUGUCCGGAGAUGUCGCAGGGGGAGGGUUCAUACGCUGCACGGGGCGGAGCCCUGGCACUCGGGGCGGGACGUGGGACCGAGCCUGGUGGGACUUCCGAGCGGGUGCGGGUGGGAGGAGCUCGGCAGCUGGGGGGCGGGACCGGGCAGUUGGAGGAGGAGCGGAAACUGGUGGAGGGUGGAACCUCAGGUUUGGAGACGGAGGGGGACGUGACUCAGGCACUAGAGGCGGGGCUUCAUCCGGUGAGUGGCGGGGCUCCGGUUCAAGAAAAGAGGUCUAGUUCUGCUGGGGGCGGGACUGCAGACCAGGGGGCGGGGCUUAGCUCUGUAAGGGGCGGGGCCAAGGAAACGAACGAAAGGCUAAACUCGAGUAAUGCCCCUGGACGUCCGCGUGGGGGCGGUCUCCGUGGUGGCCGUGCCUGGGGACGCGGUAGGCCGAGGACUCCCCCGGGAGAGGUGGUGUGGGUGGAGCGGGCUCGGCGGCCAGCGGACACGGGCCCAGUCUGGGUGCCCCGACGGCCCCCAAGGGCCCAGAGCUGGGGAGGCGCCCCAGGUGGAGACAGUGGUCCGGGCUGGGGGGUACCUCCAGAGGAACGGGGUUCCCCGGAAACGCCCAGCGGGGAUGUAUGGGUGCCUCGGGGUCGACCCCCCACGGCAGCUGCAGAAGUGUGGGUAUGCUGGGCAGGGGGCAGCUGGGUGUGGCGUGAGUGGGCCCGCCCAGUUGGGGCAACUGCUGUGCAGCCAGAUAGGGUUUGGACUUUGCGUAAGGGGACAGGUGGGAACUGAAGAGCAGAGGUGGAGACCAAGAGGGAGGGAAGGUCUGGGGCUGAGCAGAGGGGAAGGGCCUUGGCUGCUGUGGCCUCCCCUGACCCCCUCCCCUCGCUGCUGGGGU